AUGGAGACACCCAAACAGAGUCUCUCUAACUUGGCUACUAUAGUCUCUAACCUCUCCAAAACCACACAUAGUUUCAUGGAAGAAACUAGGUCUUUCAUUCAAAACUUGGAGUUACAGAUUGGUCAGCUAAGUAAGAGGAUCCCAGAGAUCCCCUCUAGCACUCUCCCCAGUAACACAGAAGUAAAUCCAAAGGAAGAGUACAAGGCCCUCAAUGUGGAAGUUAAGGCCGAACCCAAGGAGGAGCCUAUGACUGAGGAACUGAAGGAGAUCAAGACUCAUGAGGAGACUGAAAAUGUUACCAUGCACACCCCUAUGCAGAUAGAGGAGCCUGAAGAACAUCCCUUUCCAGACGUGUUAGAGGAAUCUAAAGAAGAGCAAAUUGCUCAAUUCUUGGCAAUUCUCAGGAAGCUGAAAGCCAAUUCCUCCUGUGCAGAGGUGUUAGAGAAGAACCCUCCCUCCAUGGCAUGUCCAAAGAGCAUGAUCCCCAAAAAGAAGACUUUAAAGAGAGAUGAGACUGUGGUGCUGACCAAGGAGUGCAGUUCCUUAGUCCAAAAAAAACUACCUCAGAAGCUGCCAGAUCCCAGAAGCUUCCUUAUUCCUUGUACUAUAGGGACCAUCACCUUGAGAAGGCAUUAUGCGACCUUGGCUUAA